CUCUCCCACUACCGGGCGAAAUCGGACAAGACCAGCACUGGUCUCAGUCAGUAGGCUGUCGUUGAGUGCGGACGUAGCAUCGAAGGAAAGAGGAGAGGAGGAUAACAAGACCUCACCGAUUUACACCGAUCGACUUGAUACCUGCGGCAUGGAUAAAAUGUCAACGUUUAGUAUCGCUGUCGUUUUAGCGACUAUUCUGAUGCUCGCCAAUGCCGGCGACAUGAUGCGGAAGAGCAUUGUAUUCGACAAAAACACCCCCGAUGUUUUCUACUGCCCCCAACGUAAGCCGACCGGCUACGACAAGCUUAUCGUUCACUCACGACCCUUGUCGAGACUUUGUCAAUUCGAGGGCGGACCCAUUCCCGAGGACUACAAGAGCGACUGCUACAACGACGUAGACGAGACGGAAUACGCUUGCCGUGAGAAAUACAGGAUCAUGAUGCGAAUGCACCCACCUGGCAGUGAAUUUCCGUACAACGGUACGCGACUGACUAAAUUCGCAGAGGUCGACAAGGAGGCUUAUCUCAAGAAGAAUCAAGUUUAGGCAAGGAAUAUUGACGGAUCCGAUGGCUGUUAAUAAAAAUAAAACAACCCCGAACAACGUAACGGACG